AUGAGUUCGAAGUUCGACGUUUUCAUCUGUGGCAGCGGCACCGCUGGGUUCGCAGCGGCGACAUGGUUAGCACGAUACGGUAUUCGCUGCAAGAUCGUCGAGUCUCGAUCUGGGCCACUGGAUGUUGGGCAAGCAGAUGGAAUUCAAGUCCGAUCUGUGGAAAUCUUCGAAAGUUUCGGCAUGGCCGAGGAACUACUCAGAGAAGCCUAUCACAACAUUGAAGUUGCCUUUUGGGGCUCCGACCCUGUAAGACAUGGCAUGGGCAUCGUGCGCAAACGAAGCGCGCACGCCACGACCCCGGGCCUGUCACACAUGCCUCGUGUUAUCUUGAACCAAGCACGGUUCAAUGGAAUGUGGUUGGAAGCCAUGAAGCGCCUGAAUGGGCAGGGAGUUGACUACGGAUACAAGGUGACGAAAGUCACGGUUGAUGAAGAGAAGGCCGUGGAUCCAGAAGCUCAUCCGGUGACCAUUGUGACUGAGAAAGGUGGUAAAGAGGAGGUAUUUGAAGCUAAGUAUUGCUUGGGAAGCGAUGGCGCCCAUAGUGCUGUCCGAAAGUCUUUGGGCUUCAAUAUGGUCGGAGAAACUUCUGAUUCGAUUUGGGGCGUGAUGGAUAUCUUUCCACGAACAGACUUCCCCGACAUCCGGAAACAAUGUAUCAUACAAUCCGACGCCGGUAGCAUUAUUACCAUACCUCGAGAAGGUGGUGCUAUGGUUCGAGUCUACGUGGAGCUCGCGUCAGGGACCAGAGCGAAAGAGGUAACACUUGAGCAUAUACAACUUGCUUCGCGUCAAGUCUUUCAACCAUAUACACUCGACUUUGCAGAUGUAUAUUGGUGGUCAGCCUAUCCUAUUGGGCAGCGCAUCGCGGAUCACUUCACAAAAUCUAAUCGCGUCUUUCUAACAGGGGAUGCUUGCCAUACGCAUUCUCCGAAAGCAGGCCAAGGCAUGAAUGUCAGCUUGCAGGAUGGGUACAACAUCGGCUGGAAAUUAGCCUCCGUUCUCAAAGGCCAUGCUAGGCCCGAACUGCUCGACACUUAUGUCCUGGAACGACAGAAGGUAGCAGAUGUGCUUAUUAACUGGGAUAAAGUCUGGGCAAAACAGAUGUCCUCGAUAGCCACAGAGGACGGCGGUGUCGUUGAUUCUAACGGCAAGAUUGACUUCAGCGAAGUCUUUGUGAAAGCAGAGGCUUUUACAGCCGGACUGACGGUCACCUACGACGAUUCUAUAAUAACUCACGCCCAAGGGAGUAAUCAGGAAGCGGCCACAAAUCUCAAAGCGGGGAUGCGACUUCAGGGUAUCCAAGUGGUUCGGUUCUGCGAUGCAAAAGUAAUGAAUUCAGUGAAUGCUCUACCCUCUGAUGGGAGGUGGAGAAUUGUAGUCUUUCCAGGGGACAUUCGACAGCACUUGGCUUCCAAGAAGCUAAAUCAAGUGAGCAAUACUUCAAUCAGAAUCCUGGAACUUGGAACAUAUCUGUUCUCAAAUAAUGGGCCGAUUCGGAAAUACCUACCUCCCGGCGCGGAUAUCGACAGCUUUAUCGAGGUCAUCGUAGUUCUCUCUGGGGAUAGACUCGAGAUACAACAAGAACAGAUACCAGAUGAUUUUUGGCCUGCGACUGGCAAAUACAGGAUUAGAGACUUGCAUAAAAUCUACAUCGAUGACGAAAGUUAUCACAACGGCCACGGCCAUGCAUACGAGUUUUAUGGAAUCGACCCUGGACAGGGGGCAGUUGCCAUUGUCCGCCCAGAUCAAUAUGUUUCGAAGGUCGUCGAUAUGAAAGACUAUGAAGGAAUUGGCACCUUCUUCGAGAGAUUUGUGCAGGAAAAAGAACAGACAAACGGAUCGUUGAGUGAUCAUUUGGAAGAUGACACUAGCGGAUAA